AUGCGUCCAACAUCUGAUAUCGACAGAAGCCAAGUCCAAGCUCUCAUCCUUCUCCUUCAGGACUCCUACAUUGCCCCAUCCUCAUCUGCUGAUAAACCUUCGUGGCCUCUUUCAGCCUCCAAGUCUUUCACUGUCAGAUCCAUGUACAGAUUCAUCAUGGAUAGAGGUCUCCGUUUCCCAUAUAAUGCUGUUGUAUGGAAUAAGCUUCUGCCUAGCAAAGUUCAGUUGUUCACUUGGCUUCUCAGCCUUAACAGAUUGAAAACUAAAGACAGGUUAUCAGCUCAAGGUUGGCUAGCAGACACAAUCUGCCCCUUCUGUGAUGACCUCGAGUCCCACGACCACCUUUUCCUCUCAUGCAACUUCUCUAAGCAAGUCUGGGAUCCAUGGCUCUCCAAAAUUGGUUUAAUCUCCCUCCCCACUAGCAUCAACCAUGGCCUCUCUAUCUGUUCUGACAAAUCCAUCCACACAUCCAUUAGACUCCUUUGGGGCUACAGUUUUCCUACGGUUUGCUGGGUCAUUUGGAAAGCUAGAAAUGACUUCAUCUUCUCUAAUCAGUCCUCCACGCCACAACAUAUCAUCAACAAGGCGGUUCACUUCCUUCUUUUCUGGACAGGUGCUUCCUCAUCCAAGUCUGCUAGCAAGUUGCGCAAGCUUAUUUUCAGCUCGGGGCUUCCUGAUAUAGCAGAAUCAAGUGCUGACAGCAAUGCCCUUCCAAGUCCCCAUGGGUAG